UACACCUCUGCUGUUCUAUAGUAUAGGGAUAGAAUCGAAGUUUAAGUUUCAUUAUAAUUUAACCCAAGACAAGACCGUUAAUUGAUAAGUGGUGUUGUAGUGCUCCUUCAGCGUGCCACACCAAGAGGUAUUAAUUUUGCACGUUUACAUCACGCUCCGGUACACAAUCUAAUGGGAAAAUUGCGAUCCAGUGUGUCAUCUGCAAACAUUUGGUAGCUGUGUCAACUUGUGUUUAACAUAAGAUGCCUUUGAACUAUGUAGAAAACGCAAUUGUGUGUGAUGAAUAUGAAUGACAUAAAAUAUAUACAUUGUGUUGAUUAAUUAAGGGUUACACUGCUCUUCACAUCGCAAUGCAAUUCGGACGAAAUGACAUCUUCGAGCUUCUUUGUAAUGUUUAUAAGGCAGAUCGGGACCUCUUGGACUGGAGCGGCAAGAAACCGUUGGAAUAUCAAAAACAAAUGACAAGUGUGUCGGCGUCCACCUACAGCAAAAUCAAAGCCAGGAAAAAGCAUACAGAAAAAGACUCGGGAUUCCUGAGGAUUGGCUCUCUGAACGUUCGAGUGAAGAGAACGACCGAAGCCUUCAGCAACUUUUUGGGAGUUGGGACAAACACGACACGUCUCCCACAGAACAUGAGAACUAGCGCACCACCCAACUCCGCCUACUUUGAGAAACUUCAUAAAAGUUGGGGAUCAGCAGAUAACAUACCACAUGAAGAUAUUACCAUGCCACCACCGAAAUACGGUUCUGUGAAAAAACGUCGUCCGAAGCAAGACAUCGACUAUGAUCUACCCAGCGAUCACCUCAGUCAAAGUGUACCGACGACACCAAGCCAGUCUCGAGCUCCUAUUGGGUCACUGUCAGAAAACCAGGACACAGAAUCAGAAAAUCCAGGCGAUUCUGACUCGGACACAGCCUGCGGUUUCGACUCCAAUUGGAGGCCAACCUAUAUUUAGUUAUCUAAGUGCAAGCACUUUUAUAAAUGAAGCUUUUCUAAUAUUGAAUUUUAACAUCCAUUUGGCGUGUUUACUGUAAAACAAAACUACUAUAAACUGUUGACUUUCAGAAAGUUUAGUAAAAUCAAUCAACAACAAAUCGAUAAACCUACUAGAUAGUCUCUGAGUUCAUGUCAAAUGAACAAAAUAGCACGGACCCUCUCGGCUCUAGCUCUGAAUACGAACAUGAAGUUAUUUGAACGAAAAAUGAAUGACGUUUGCUACAACAUCAAUCUCAUCACACCUGUAAUUGUAAUUUGCUACCAUAUUAUAUUUGUAAAACCAGAGAUGAGCGACACGCAUGACUAUUAUAAUUGCAUUUAAUGACAUUUAAAUCUAACUUUCAGUCUUUGCAUUGACUAGAGACUUUACCAUCUGGAAAAGUAACUAUAAAAGUAAAUCCACAAAUAGAGCACGUAAUUCCAGCAAAUGUGUGAAAAAUAUUCACAAGAUAAACGUAGGACACUAAGCCUUAACCUAUAUAAAAUAUAAUCGACACUCAAUUAGAAGCACAAUUUCUACCAACGAUAUCUGUAGUUGACGAGAGAUGAAAGUUUAAUUGUAUUUGUCUAAGUACCUAAAGAAAGAUUUCCUCUACGAGAAUGGGUAAUUGCAUAACUUGCAAAACCACACGUGGAAUGAAAGAAGUCAUCCACAAAUUGGGUAAGGAUCUACUUUGCAAUCCUCCAAUGGUUUCUUAUAACUUCUCUCCAUCCUUCCCGCGAAUCUGAGUAAAAUUUUCUUUGUGAAAGAUUUAGAUGUUUUUGAAAAAGAAAAUGAAAUUCUGUGAUCGCAUCGUUCACCAAUUCUAGUUUUUGGUUUAUUCUCGUAUGUUUUAAAAACUUAAUUAAAAUAAACUCAUUAAGGAAUUAGACUCUUCAUAUUGUAACUAUACAUAUUAUAUGUUAACAUAGAUUUCCUUUAAUUUUAUUCACACAAGAAAAAUGAAAAAAAAAA